GACAACAUUGCAAUCUAAAUCUACACAAACGCAUCUGAGAAGAAAAAAAGCACUGAGAAAUUAAUCGAUUCAUCAAGAAUCACCCAAUGGAGGAUACUCUUUCAUCUUCAUCGCUGCUUCCUCACAUUGAUCUCACCAAGGAUCCAAAGGCUCUGGAGCCAGGGACUCCUCAAUGGGAGGCCACAUCCCGGGACAUCCGCCAAGCCCUGGAGACCUACGGCUGCUUCUUGGUGGACUAUGACUCCGUCUCCCGCGAGCUGCGGGAGGCUAUGUUUGAGGAGAUGGAGUCUCUGUUUGCUCUUCCGGCCGAGACUAAGCGCAAGGCGGCCGAGGGAUUACCGCGGACAUCUGUGGUGUUGCCCGGACAAGAUCCAGACGCGUACGCGCCACUGCACCAAGUGCUCACUACUGUGGGCGUGCAGGAGCCUGAGGUUGCUCAGGCUCUGACGGAAUUAUUGUGGCCUGAUGGCAACGACAAAUUCCGGUAA